AUGAGGUCUACGAUUUUGGUACUUCUGUGGAUCGGAGCCAUUAGGGCGACUUUUGGGAAUCAAACCCAUCUGGUGGGCUCCUCUUUGGAGAAUCGCAUUCUAUCGCGACGGGUGCGUGCUUUGGUAUUUCCCGAUAAGGCUUCCCUUCUCAUGACCGCCGCCCUAACCAAACUAAUUUUGGGCGGACGACCAAGUGGACUUCAGUACAGCCUGGAGUUUGAUAUGUACGUUCCGGUUCCCGACACCAUUGAGGGUUGGCAGCCCAAGAUCCUGAAGAAGAUGAAGCCAAAGCCAAUGUCAAUGCCAAAACGCCGAUAUGAUUGGUCAUAUAGCAAAAGACCUGAAAGCUAUUAUCAAUACUAUGCGGAGCCACAUAGAAAGGCUCAUUACGAUAGUCCCGCCAUUAGUCGUAGAGUUCCAUUCUACCAAACAAAAUUGAGGGAUUCAUUUUCCCAAGCUCCAUGGCACUUAUCCUCGCCCACUAAUCGCAGGAAGGAGUUCUAUGAAUCGAGACCCACAUUGAAUAGGGCCUCAUUCUAUCACAGCCCAUGGAGUUUGUCUGCAAAUCAGAGAAACUCAUAUCCUCCGGAGGAUGAAGUUUAUGAAUCCUGGGAUCAAGUGCCUAGUUGGAAGUUACAUCGUGGAUACAGAGAACGCAGAGAGAUUUUCGAUCAGAUUGAGGCCAUGGGAAAAGUUUUUCAGUUGGACCUAAGGUCCUGUAUCAAGAGAGCUAUGUGUGAACUAAGGGCCAAGUUAAACGCCGGCCAAGAUCAGGGUUUCCUCAUGGAGGAUCUAAUGCGAAUUGUGCUGACAGUUCCCGAAGAGGUGGCCGACGAUAAGUACAGGCAUCGCAUGGAUAACCAGGACUGUGCCCGAUUUUACGCCCCAAGUUGUCCCUACAAUGUUCUAGACUUCCUUACCCAAAGUGGUGCAAAAUUGUAAACAUAGUGGGCCGAGAAUCGAAC